AUGGUAUCCUCAGAGCUGGGCCCGCAGCUGCAGUUCUUGACCGACGCGGCCCAUCUGCUGUCUGCCUCGUCUCCCGAGACCUCGGCCUUCCUGAUGAGCAAGCGCACGUCGCUCCUGGUCGACCAUGAUGUGCCCGUCACUGACCACCAACGCCAACAUGUCUGCAGCUGCUGUGGACAUAUCAUGGUCCCGGGCCAAGGAACUGAACUCAAAAUCGGGGCAGACAGGGUGCUCAAGGGCAGGAUCAAGAAGCAGCCCAAAACCCAAGGCGCACCACCAGCUGCCGCACCUUCCUCUUCGCACAAGCCAGGGAUAUUCAAGGUCUUCACCUGCGGUAACUGCAGCAGGUACACCAAGUUGCAACUGCCUCCUCCCAAGCCUCUCAAGGCUAGGGGCAGGAGAAAGAGGGUGGACCAGCAGAAGGCGCCACAGGAGCAGCGCCCAGCUGCACCCACCGAACCGGCAAGAAUGUCUGCCAAUGCCAGCAGCAAGAAGCGAGCAAAGAACCGCAAGGCCGGCCUGCAGGCCCUGCUGGAUCAGAGAUCCGGACAGCGCUCCAGUCCCUCUUCAGGCCUCGGGCUAAGCCUGUCUGAUUUCAUGAAGAAAUAA